UCGUUCUUCAUUCUUGGUCAUUAUCUGACUUAAUCAACGAUCUUGUGAACACCAUGUCUGGAAGAGGCAAAGGCGGGAAAGGGCUUGGAAAAGGAGGCGCGAAGCGUCAUCGUAAAGUUCUGCGCGAUAACAUCCAGGGAAUCACCAAACCCGCCAUUCGGCGUCUGGCUCGUCGCGGCGGCGUCAAGCGCAUCUCCGGGCUGAUCUACGAGGAGACCCGCGGUGUGUUGAAGGUGUUUCUGGAGAACGUUAUCCGCGAUGCCGUCACCUACACCGAGCACGCCAAGAGAAAGACCGUCACCGCCAUGGAUGUUGUGUACGCGCUGAAGCGGCAGGGACGCACCUUGUACGGCUUCGGGGGAUAAACGCCUGAAACCCGGAGAAUCUGACGGACCCAACGGCUCUUUUAAGAGCCACACACUCCCGCACUUAAAGAGUUAAUGUCAAUCAUACCGAUAAAAAAAAAAAAACAUUCUAGAUGAACAUAUUCCUAUUGACUUCUUAAUUAAAGUUUGAUGUGUUAAUAUAAUUAGAGCAAUUUCAUUUUCGUUCUCAAAAGAAGAGUUUUAAAAUACAGAUUUAGUUACAGUUCUCAUUUACAGAUGCUAAAAUGUGUUUUGCAGAUUGAAUAAAUGACAAAUCAGAAACCAUACCAAAAUAUGUUUUUGGUAGCUUUCCCCCACUAAAAUAGGCUUUAUUUGUUGCUCCUGUAGUGUAAACUGAUGCAUGAAUCCAUGAAGUUCUGAGGAAAAUCUGUUUUUAAAGGGAGUCUGACCAUUAUUGGUCUCUUUUCUGCGAAACUCCUUGAAAUGUGUUUAUGGGGUUUUAAUUAAAUGAUGGUGCAGGAUAUGUCUUAAACAGCUUCAUUUAUCAAAAUAUCACUAUGUAUUAACUUUUUUCGAGCAAUGUAGUGCCAUAUAACAAAGGAAAUAAGAAGUAUUUGAUUUUUUUUAACAAUAUAAAUCAAUCAAUUGCUCGAAACGGAGUAGGAAAGAUCGGA